AUGAAAUCUCCUUGACUUACGAAAGCUAACACCAUGGCUGUAUAAAGGAAACACACGUGAGGUUGUAAACAAACCAGCGGCCAUAGUCAGAUCUCAAUGUUACUAUGAGGGUCUCUUACUUUCCCCUGUUGGUGUUAGCCAGCGUCCUGUGUUUGAGUAACAGCUACACCCUGCGGAGCUCCGUGUCCUGGGUCGUCUCCUCAAACGACGUGGUGGAGGACGCAGACCUGUCGGAGGAGGAGGUCGCCCCGGCGCUGCUGGUGGACGGAGCCGGGCUGUGGAAGCAGGCUUACCCGGCCUCUAACGUCCUCGGAGAAAUCGUGGAGAGCCCCCGAGAGCUGGCCAAGCCGGAGACCGAUAAUGUGGCGCAGCUCUCCUCCUCUCGGCUCUUCUCAUACCGGCUGGAGAAGGUAAAGGCCGGCAGCAGCAGUGGGCCUCCCCCGCACCAGGAGACAGCGAGGACGGCCAGAUAUAUAGCCCACAACAGCGACUGGGGACAUCUGGCCACCAUUUCUACUCAGGAAAAGAUCAAAGGUCUUCCCUUUGGGAACAUCUUCUCAGUGAGUGAUGGACCAGGUGACAACAGCACUGGAGUCGUCUAUUUCUAUGUUACUCCAAUGGACAACACUGUGUCAGACCUGAGAAUGAACCCCUACGCUUCUCUCACAUUCUCAGAGGCUGAGGGAGAAUUCUGCAGGCAAAUGGUGUAUGAUCCAGAAGAUCCAAGGUGUGCUCGACUCACUCUUACCGGCAAGAUGGUGGAGGUCGCACCUGAGGAGCUUGUGUUUGCAAAGGAGGCAAUGUUCUCAAGACAUCCUGUCAUGGCAAAGUGGCCAGUGGGACACAAUUGGUUCUUCAUGAAGCUGGAGUUGAUGCAGGUCUGGCUGCAGGACUGGAUCGGAGGCAUAUCACUCAUUCCCCUGGAGGACUAUUUUAAAGCUACACCUUUCUGAGAUCAUACGUCAGCUGAUUACACUACAAACGUCACUUUAUAAGGGGCAAUAAUUCCCAAAGCAGCAAUGUGCCAUAUUGUGACUUUUGUUACAUGUUGCUUUUUUUGAUUUUUGAAACUGAGUUCUAAACUUACUUUUCUCUUUUGACCUUUUAACUCGGCUCAUCACAAAUAUAGUUUUUUCUUUGGUGUGUGAAUGUAUUUCAAGUCCAUAAGCUAGUUCAAUUGAAUGGUCUAAAUACAGCUGGCAUAGAGAAUCCUAUGUCCUGUAAUAUAUUCUCUAUAAGCACUGAUUACUAGUUGAUGGAUGUGUAUUAAAACAUUUAUGCUGUUCGAAAAAAUGAAUGUUAGCACACGCAACUGUCGCAGUUCAAGAAUGGAUCCUACAGGCAAAGUAUGACGUUUUGAUAUUGUGUGCAUACAAAUAAAGCAACAUAGCCCAUCAA